AUAAUUUCAUCUUGCUAUGUUUUUCUUCCAAUGUGUUCAUAGCUGCAAACAUCAGCGAGGGAAUGAUGGGCACCCUGUCUCGUGAAGACUUCUAGGAUCUUUUCCCAGGCCCAGAGAACUUUUUACGGAGAAAAGCUGUCUGGCGUGCCUGUCAGGAUGUACUGGAGGAAUCUGGCCAAGAUGACUCAAAAUCUUCAAGCAGCUCCUCCAUUAAUGAGUCACCCAAGCAACAGACAUCCACUACUGUAAAUGCAACUCCUGCAAAAUGCACAAGCCCUGAAAAGGUUGUGAAGUUAUUCUAUCCAGAAUAUGUAUUGCACACUGACACUGAGCUUGAGCAAGUCCGCCAACAAUACUUUGAGUUGUCAAAGAAAGGUGAAGAGCGCUGCUGCAAAAUGUCAAAGGAGCUCAGAUGUUGGCUCAUCCGAAACACCAUGACUAGUAUGAUUGCAAUCCUGAGGGCAAAAGGGGAUGGAGAAUCGCAUAGAUACCCGUCAAAACCAGAAAUUACAGCAAUGGCAAAGAGAAUAGUACAGUACUACCCUAUGCUACAGGACCAAGGCAUCAAGAAUACAUGGGUUACCGUGUACACACAGCUAAACAAAAGACUGCAAAAUGUGAGAUCCCCCCAAAAAGCCACUCCAGAUGGGAGACAUUCAAAGAGCUCUGCCAAGAGGCGACGUCUUGAUCAGCCAAGUGACGUAGAAGAAAUGGAUUCAAGUGACUCAACAAUCAUUCUGGAUCUGUCCACAGAAGGGAGGAGCAGCCCAGAGUCGGCCAGUAAAACAAGUGAGUUAGAAGGAAAAAGGAAAGCACAAAACCUACUUGAAGAAGAACCCUCUACCCUGCCAAGUCCUAAUACAAACAAGCCUGCAGAUAUCAACAGUCCAGACACCCACUGUCCAGCAACCUUGGCCAAACACUACGAGACCCUACAAACUUUGUUUAAAAGAAAAAACCCAAACCACCAGGAUGUCUCUCAGCUCCUGGAUUUGGAAUUUUCAGCCAGAAGAGCAUUUAUUGAUUCAAAUACUAUUCGCGAGGAGGACAGACACAAAAAGCACACAGGAGGCUGUGGAAAUGACCGAGUGCACUCUGACUGUGAAGAUGGCUCCUCGUCCUCCUCUGAGGAAGGAUCAGAGGUGGAAACAGACCAGCUGGAGUCCAACUCUGACUCAUCUGAAGGUAAAAAUCCUACAUGA